AGCAGGCACUCUGUCUCAUCAGCACCAGGCGGCGGCUAGUGACGAUCCUUGGGAAGGGUCCACGAGACAGCCGAUCGAUCACGAGUCUAGUCUAGGCGACCCUCACGCAAAUGCACAGAUUCACUUUUUGAGGGUCGGUAGAAUAGCCACGACUGGGUCAGCCAAGAAACUCGUCACCCGAGAACAACGAGCCCCGGUUGAACUAUGGAAUCCUCAAAGAGCUUUGCCCCAUUGAUAGCAGGAAUGGAUUCGCGCUGCGCCUGUUAUUAUAGCUCCCAUAAUCGAGAUAAGGACCUCUUUGUCGCCGGCGACGAUGCAGAGAUAGACGUCCGUCUCUUAUCAGUGCCCCUUCUGUUCUCUAUGUUCGGUAAAUCGCGCUCUCGACCGAAGAGACGCCCUUUCGGUGCGUCACAUCGCGAACAGACAAGGAACAGCCGGCCGGCUUUCUGUCUGUGUGACCUCUUCGCCAAUCUGAAUCGGGGGAACGAGUUCUGCGUGAAUACGAUGUCCAUGUCUCGAAGCGUUUCUCAAAUAGUCACGUGCCGGCGUUCGCUAGGCUUGCAGAUCGUAGCGAUACCCGAACUUGGACAAGUUCAAGCUGCCUGUAGGACGAACCGCGUCGUUCGACAACGAUACGAUCGAGAGGUAGAGGGCGAAGUUACUCGGUGACGAUCACACAAUGCAUGUAUCAACUAUUGAAAACGAG